AUGGAGGCGCGCCACCGCCCGACGAACCGCGCCGCUGCGUCGCCCGCUCCAAUGGCGAGCCCGUUGGUGCCUCUGCCGCUGAGCCAGGCGGCGGCCUCGGCAGCCCAGGGCCAAGCGAGGCGCCAUGAUCGCGGCACCGCCCUGCGUGAAAGCCUGCUGUCCCGCGGCCUGAUCGACGACCGCGGCGCCGCCGUGCUGGACUCCUACGCCGACCUACAGCGGCGCGCCAACGCCUUCUUGGCUGACGGCUGCGAUGCGGUCGCCACUGCGGGCAGCAGCACAGGCCUGGAAGGGGACGGGGGCGGCGGCGGCGGCGAGGGGAGCAACGGCGGCUCUGCGGCCUACCGCUUUGUCACAGAUUUUUUUGAGGAGCUCGACAAGGCAGGGCUGGACAACAUCAGCAUCGGUGGCGCCAUCCUGCUCUGCGACCCGCUGACGCUGUUUGGGAUGCAGGCAGGCAGCGGGAGCGCUCAGCUGCUGUCUUUGUCCCUGGCAGCCGCGCUGGAAGGCCGGUUGAUGGCGGCGCUGCAGGAGAUGCCGGACUGCUUCCUGCCUGCCGAAGGCAUCAGGCAUGCGCUCAUUUUUACGUCCGGACUCUUGCAUGCUUGGGUUUUUGCCGCUUGCCUCGAGGGUGCGUCGCCUUUUGGCACCACGCCACAGCAGCACAUCGCAACGGCUUGUGAUUGGUCGGCAAUGCAGCCGGGCGUGGCCCACCUACUCCUCAUGAGUGAAGGGUCCGGGGCACAGGCGCGGCUGCUCCAGGCCUUGGCUGCAGAGACAGUGGGCGCAGCGGCGGCGCUUUCCUGGCGUAAAGUGCUGCUAGGCGUGGUGCGCGACGGUGGCGGCAGCUGCAAUUUUGUUACAUGCACGGCUGAUGUGCAGCUCCGUCAGGCGAUGGUUAAACUUGCCACGCUGAUGGAGAGCUGCGACCGCUUGGUGAAGCAGCCCGGCGACUGGCGCGUUGAGAGACCGUUGGGAUUGACACACGCAGAACAGCUGUGCUCCCUUGUUACCUUUGAUGCCCUGUGCACAUUGUCCGAAUACCACCACCACCGGGGGGAUGUUGACGCCGCGCUUGGAUGGGCGCGGCGGGCGCUGCUCACUUGGUUUGCGGCCACCACAGCUGGCCAGGAUGGCGACGGCAUACCGGAGGUGCACCAGAACAGCGCCUGCCGCCCCUUCUUCUUCAUGUGGCGCGACAUGAUGCAGCUAGCUGGGGAGGGCCACGACCCCCAGCAGCUGCUGGGCGUCAGCCACGCCGUGUGGCUGCUCAGGCGCGUGCUGGCAUGCUCUUGCUCUCGGCGCUACCAGUGCCUGGUGCAGCGCUUCAUGGUGCUGCAGCUCGAGGAGGCGGGCGCAGCGGGGCCCCAGGGCGGGGCGCUGGGGGAGGCGGCCUGGGCGGCCACGCUGUGGGCGGUGGAGGGGCGCUCCUGGCGCCCGGCUCUCCCUGGGGUGCCGGCUGGUCUGGGCUCCCACCAGAGCUUCCCCUCGUCAUUUUCAGUAAGCAAGUUCCUUGGCGCAUCAUCUCCAGACAGCCGCGUCAUGGAAUUUUACUACAGGUUCUGCUGCGGCGACACCGAAACCCCUGGCCCGGGGGAGGACCCCUGGUGGCAGUACAUCGCCGCUGAGGUGGACGUGCGGCAGUACAGCAACGGCUGCCAUGAAGCCCUGGCCGCGCGGCUGCUGCGACCCACGCCCGCCUCCUCGCCCCUGUCAGCUGACAAGGCCGGUGGCGGACUGCACGCGGGCGCGUGCGAGGCGCUAGCAUUUUCGACGCUGCCGUUCCAGCUGAGGGAUCCCAUCAUCAAGGCGCGGUGCCUCAUCAGCACGGGUGUUUUCGAGGCGGGCGCGAUCUCCGCCAGCAGCGCUGGCGCCCCGGGCGUGUCGUGGCUUGUCCACGCCGCCAAGGCUGCGCUGCAGACGGACAUGGCUGCCGGCGGCCUCAGCAAGUCGGAGCGGCUCAUGCUGCAGUGCUAUGUAUCGUUCGCCAACCUCAAUUUGUGCUUAUCCCUGGACGAAUGCCUCGUGGCCUUUGACGCCGCGCACGGGGCGGUCACCGCCGCUGCCGCGCGCGGCCCCAAGCUCGACGAGGCGCGAGCUGCGGGCUUCGGCGCGUGCAUGACCAUCCUGGACAUGGCAGCUGCCAUCCUUGCAGAGCGUCAUAAAUUCGGGCGCUUGGAUCUCUUGCUGCAGCACGGGCCGCUUUCCAGCAGUGUGCAGUUUGGGCAUCUGUACAAAUCCAUGUUGAAGCCAGGCGAGGGCUGCAAGCUGCGCGACAUCUUGGCCUCAGCCCAGGCGGCGGCCACCCUGGACGAGCUGUUUUUGGGGUGGGUUGAGCAGCAGCAACAACAGCAGCAGCAGCAGGCGGAGGAGGAGCAGGAGCAGGAGCAGGAGCAGGAGCAGGAGCAGGAGCAGGAGCAGGAGCAGGAGCAGGAGCGGGAGCAGGAGCAGGAGCAGCAGCAGGAGCAGGAGCAGCAGCAGCGGCAGCAGCAGCAGUGGUGGCGUGGCUACAUGAGCAUGGUCAGGGGCCUUGCAGCAUCGUAUGCAUUGCUUGGCGCCGCACCGAGCCAAGUCGUGGCUGAGGUGCUACUGCGUUCGCCAGUAUCAUGGCUGCAGUUGGCCGAGGUACUGCACCUUGUGUGCGGCGACCCCUUUGCCGCCGCGCCGCUGGCGGAGGCGCUGAUUUGUGGGGCCUGCGCUGCAGACAGGCUCGCGGUGGCCACGCUGCUGCUGCGCGUGGCCUGGAGCAACGGCGCGCUCGGGCCUGCGCCCUGCGGCCGUGCUGUGGGCGCCCUGGCUUCCCGCGCGGCGCUGCUGCCGGAUACCAGGCUGCGAACGCGGUGGGCCCUCGGCCUGCUGCAGCUGGCGCGCGAUGGCACGCUGCCCCCCAGCUUGGCAGGCGGCGCGGGGCCCGCGGCGGAGGCGCGCCUGCGGCGCAGGCGGCCGCUGCCGGGCGCGCCGGUGGCGCUUCCCCAUGCGGCGGCGGCGGCGCUGCUGCAGCUGGUGGCUGAGGACAAUUCGACCACUGCUGCCGCUGAUGUGGUGGCUGCAUUUCAAUUUAUCACAAGCGCCCAAGGCGGCGGCCUGCCUCUCAGCGCAAUAGGUGCUGCCAGCUUGAGCGCUGUCGUGGCGGCAUUUGCGGCACAAGGCAAGCACGAAAAUGCGUGGCAGUUGGUGCAGCAGGCCGGCGGCAGCGGCACAGGAGCGGCAGCAGGGAGUGGUGCAGGCGCCAGCCUGCUGGCCCAGCUUGUUGGGGUCUGGGAGGCGCUGCCUGUCAGCGACGUGCCUUCGCCAUUGCUGCGCGCGGCGGCUGACGCGGCGGCGACGGCGGGCGCGGGCUCGCUGGCAGGGCGCCUGCUGGGGCUGCUGGCUGGAGCCGAGGGCACCAGCUUGGCGGCAGCAGCGCUGAGCUUGAGCGACGCGGCACUGACGGCGCACCUGCUCUCACAGCUGGAUGCGGGCGCCAGGCGGGAGGAGGAAGCGGCGGCGCGGCGGCUGGCAGUGCUGCUGUGCGCGUCGGCGGGGCUGUCGGAGGCGGCGCUUCAAAUGUACCAGGAAUUUCGGCAUGCGGGCGGUCAGCCUGAGCUGGAGGGGGGCCUGCUGGAGGCGGCGCUGGCGGCGGCGCACGAUGCGGGGGCUGAGGUUGCGACCGGGUCUGCAGCUCCCGCCGCCAUCCUGCGCACGGCACAGUCCCUCUGCCCGACUGGCACCACCUGGGUGCCAGGCGCCCCCAUCGCAUGGCGCGCGUUGUUCGCCACACUUACCAGCAGCGCGGCCAAUGGUGCUGACAGCAGCGAGGCGGCCGCGGCCGCGGUGCGGGCGGUGGAGGCGCUGCUGCUUGACAGCGAUCCCCUGUGGUCAGCAGGGGGCCAGGUGGCCGUCCUGCCUUCAGAGGCGGCCGCAGAGGGCCUGCGCGCGCUCGUUCCAUGGGCGCCCAGCGCGCCGGUGGGCGCGGCGGCCGCUGCUCAGCGGCUGCUGACCACAUGCGAGCUGCGGGGCGGGCAGCAGCAGCAGCCUCACGCCCCCUCACCUGUCCAGCGCGGCGGCUCGCCAGGUGGCAGCGGCAAGCGCAGGGGUGCUGCUGCUUCAUCGCACUCGCCACGUGCGGCAGGCGUUGGCGCCCUGCGGCCAGCUCUGCCCCGCGCUGAUGCCGGCAUCUACUCGGCAGCUGCUGCCGUGCUGGCCGCGACUGGUGACGUUGCAGAAGCUGUCAAGCUGCUCGCGCCGCUCAUCUCUGGUGCCAAGGAGCAGGCGAUUGCAGUUGCAUCUGGUGGAAGUAGCAACUGUCUCAACACUCAGCAGCAGCAGCAGCAGCAGCAGCAGCAGCAGCAGCAGCAGCAGCAGCAGCAGCAGCAGCAGCCGCAUGCGCAGCAGCAGCAGGUGGCCGCUGAUUUGCUGUGCCUGCUGCCUGCAGGCCGCCGCGCUGCGGCUUUGGCGCCGGUCCUGCGGCUGCUGGCUGCGGGGGGCGUGGGUGCGGUGACGUCACCUGCCCUGGUGGAGGCGCUGACUGGGGAGGACCUGGAUGCUGCAGCUGAGGCUGACCUGGCAGAGGCGUUUGGGGAGAGCUUUGUAGAGGAUCUGAUGAUGGCCGCAUUUGAGGGCCUGCCCGUGCUGGGCGGUGGCGACAAGGGCUCUGCGCAGGACAGUGCUGCGGCGGCCAGCCUGGCGCUGCGGGCUGCGGGCGGAGACGAGGGCACCAGACGAGUUGCGGCUCUGCGGGACUUGCUGCGCGCUAUCGGAUGA